AUGAAAAGAAAAGAAAAGAAAGAAAUCCAAACGAAACGAGAAGGGAAACGAACGAGUGGGAUUGGCGGAGUGGGCGGGGUUGUUUUCUCUCAACGAGAAGAACUUUUGAAAUAUGAAGUAUGCCAUUCUACACUGGAAGCAUUUCUUUUUAUUUCUCUUUUUUUUUUUUUUUUUUUUGAUGGGGAGCGCCACUGUCUGCUCCCGUCUGUGGGGUGGUGUCAUCGUGUGGUUUUGUCCAGCCGCACCGCGCUGCACCCUGAGGGAGUAGAAAUAGAGCCACAUACAAUUGGCGGAAGGGAAGAACGCAGGGAAAUGACUAAGAAAGCCAUUUGCAAAGGGCACACGCUAGCCCCGUGUGGAACAAGCGAUGUGUACGAGGUUGCCAUGCGGAACUUCCGUCGGUUCCUGUUGGAGCGUGUCGCACAGCAAGAGGAUGAAGUGUUUGCCGCACGAGCACGCUUUCAGCUGCAGCGCGCAGGUGACAGGGAACAUUUUGACCGCACGCAAAGUAGGCGGAUAAAAAGUGAAGGGACGCGAAAAACGGGGUUGGAUAACUUUGUGCGUAAUGGUAUGGCUGCUACGGGGAGUAUGGAGAGGCAAUACGCGGCCGAGCAGGAGUUUCUCGCGGACCAGCAGAAGCUCUACGUGGAGCAUGAAGAGGAACUGCAGCGGGCCUACCCGCUCGCCUUCUUGGACGAUGAGAGUGCUGGUGUUAUUGCCUUUAAUCUCAUGCCGAUUUUACGUGGCAAAUUUGAGUCGCUCGCAAGGGAACAGACAAGACGCCGAAAGGAACUUGAGAACCCCACGGAUAAGACAAAGAUGCUGUCAGAUUUAACGGGUCCAUCUGUGCCGCAGUCACAUGGAUGCGUAUUGGUAAAUAAUGUCGAAAAUCCGCAGAUAAUUCGUGUGAAGAAGGAGAAUGAACCAGAUGUGGAUGCGGGAUUGGAAGCGGGCGGGGAAGCAUGUGUAAAUAUUUUACAGACUACCACAGAUCAAUCCACCUCAUCAAGAGAGACAGAAGACAACAGGGAUGCGCCGUUGCCCCGUGAAGAAAGCGUAAAAGAUGUAAAUGAUGGUUGUGUUUCUGUGGAUGCUGGCAGAGGGGUAGUAAAUCCACCCUGGGUUUCACAUAUUGCCUCCGGCGGAGAGGUGGAAUUUGUUCGUGUAGCUUUAAUGUGCAGAAAGAAGAGUCUACUGGCAAGGCAAGAUGAGAAACGGCGGUGCCUUAAAAGCCUUUUAACCCCGUUGACACCUUGCAACCUGCAGAAGCUGGCAAAAGAGAAACUUUUUUUACUUAAACUGGAAGAAGAAGUUGGUGCAAGAAAAGAGGCGGAAAUUUGGCGCUUGUGGCGUGCCACCAGGGACAAAAUCAACUCCAACGGUUCUUUAUCUAACGCUGAUUCUGAUGGGGAAGGUGUUGCUGCAGCGACUGGCAACGGAGAGAAUGCUGAAGACAGAAGAGAAGAGGGUACAUUGCCAUGCUCCGUGGAAGAAACAGGAGAUGACAAGACUACAAAUGGCAAAGAUUGGAAUGGAUACUACUCGCCCUCCCGUGUCAUCGACGAAAAUCGCCGAAUACGCAUAAAUUGUUUGUCCUCUUUAGGGAGUCAGGCCGCCUCAUCCGGUAUGAGGAAUUCUUUGUUUGAUUUCAAUACCUCGCGUUGGGAGACCAUCACGCUUGAUGACGGAGCCACCACAAUUGACGGUGGUAACAACAGUAGCAACCGUUUGGAGUCGAUGGCGGAAUCAUAUUUGUGGCCACAGCACAUUGAAGCCGAAAUUAAAAAUGUGUUGUUUGGGGAAGCUGUGCGAAGUAGAAGACGAUGGCUUUCGUUUCUAGAGCCCCAGGGAACAGCUACACAAGAAGAAAGUGAGGAAGCAGAAGAUGACGGGAGUGCAGGCGAUGGUGUUCCAACGCGUGUAAAUGGCACAAAAGGCAAAAGGAAGAUGCCGAUAGUUCUUGCGUUUCCACGGUGCGGGAGGAAAGUUUGGUUGAAGUUAGACGGUUUGGAGGAAUUUGUUGCGAGGGAUGUGAGGUUUUACCAGGGUUAUCUACACCCAUGA